AUGGAUUUAUCAUCUCUCCCAAGAGAAAAAUGGUUGGGAGAUGAUUAUCUCGUCCAACUUGGAGGCUUUUGGUUAUUACCUCAAUUCGUUAACUCAAUCAAAAGAGUAAUCAACCAUUACGAUCCACUUCCUAGCGACGUGAUCUUGGUUACUUUUCCUAAAACAGGCACCACGUGGCUCAAAUCUCUCCUCUACUCCAUCCUCAAUCGACCAUCCAAAAAUAAGUUGGUUGUCGAACACCCCCACGAACUCGUUCCCUUCUUGGAGAUACAAGUGUUUGCAGAGGCUGAUGAGCCGCCAGUUCUCGCGGCCCCAUCAGAUGCGCCUCGAUUAUUCGCCACACACAUACCUUAUCAGCUCCUGGCAAAAACCCUAGAUUCUAGUCCAUGUAAAGUUGUUUACUUGACGCGGAACCCCAAGGACACCCUGGUCUCUUUGUGGCAUUUUGUGAAUAAGUGGAACAAGGAGAAUCCAGAUCAGUCAUGGUCUCUCGAUGAGGCAACGGACAGGUUUUGUCGUGGGGUUAGUCUAUACGGGCCUUACUAUGACCAUGUGAUUGGUUAUAAAGAGCUGAGUCUGAAAAGGCCAGAGAAUGUGAUGUUCGUGACGUUCGAAGAUAUGCUAAAAGAUCCUCAUGAUUAUGUCAAAAAAUUGGGUGAUUUCUUAGGAUGUCCAUUUGAAGAAGAAGAUGAAGUGGAUGAGAUUGUGAAGAAUUGCAGCAUCGAGGUGCUAAGUAGCCAUGAUAUUAAUAAGUCUGAAGAAUCUCCAACAUGGUUUCCAUUGCCAUAUAAUUCAUUCUUUAGAAAAGGAAAAACGGGAGAUUAUAAAAAUUAUCUCAGUGAUGAGUCUGUUCAGCGUAUUGACACACUUACGAAGGAAAGAUUUCAUUCAUUGGGCUUCAUGUAUGGGAUUUAG